CCAUUAAAAUCAAAUAAAAAUGAACUUAGUUUAAAACGUUCUCUCCAAACCCAUAGUCCCAAAAUCAAGACACAAAACAAUGCAGAAAAGCAACAACCAAAGCAAGAAGGCCUGGCCCCUGCCCCUAGUGGCCGUGGGAUCGAUCGCCGCCGCGUCGCUUGUACUCCUCCUCCUUGCCAAAAACGCCUCCGCACCAUACCUCUGCGGCGCGUCACGCCCCUCGGCGACGAACCUCCAGCUGGAUGCCGUGCUCCAGUACGCGACGUCCACGGUGGUCCCGCAGCAGUCCUUGGCCGAGAUCUCGGUCACGUCCCGCGUCCUUCGCUCCCUGGCCCCCACGAACUUCCUCGUGUUUGGGCUCGGGCGCGACUCGCUCAUGUGGGCCUCCCUCAACCCACAUGGCAAGACGCUAUUCCUCGAGGAGGACCCCAAGUGGGUCCAAACCGUCUUAGGAGACGCCCCCGCCCUCCGGGCCCACACCGUCCCCUAUCGCACCCAACUCUCCCAGGCCGACGAAUUGAUGCGACAUUUCCGCUCCGAGCCUGACUGCUCUCCCAGUAAAUCCUUCCUACGUGGCAACGACAAAUGCAGGUUAGCGCUGAACAUGCUGGAGAAUGAGGUGUACGAUACGGAGUGGGACCUGAUAAUGAUCGACGCGCCGCGAGGGUAUUUCCCGGAGGCGCCGGGGAGGAUGGCGGCGAUAUACUCGGCGGCGGUGAUGGCGAGGAACCGGAAGGGAAGGGGCGUGACGCACGUGUUCCUGCACGACGUGGACCGGCGGGUGGAGCAGAUGUACGCGGAGGCGUUCUUAUGCAAGAAGUAUCGAGUGAAGGCGGAGGGGAGGCUGUGGCAUUUCGAGAUACCGCCCGCCGCUGAUAUCAACACCCACUUUUGCUAGGCCCACACCAUCACUGGAAAACGAGUUGGUAUAAAAUAGAUAGAUAUGCAAUAAAUAAAUUACUUUGUUGUAAAAUCAUAAUUUAGUUAAAUUUUUUCCGUUUCGCAUCUUCGAAGAAACUUUGAAAAUGAAAAGAAAAAAAUAUGAAAUAUGGAUUUGUACGUUGAAAUUUUUUUAUGAAAUUAUAUUAGAUUGUCAUUUGAAAUAAAAAAUCAUAUGUGGAUGUCACUGACAGUGAGUUAAAUGAUGUCGUCUGUUCUAAAAAGUGACAUUGUUUUAUUGUAAAAUAUCAACAAUACAAUCGAUUGUUUCCGCUGCAGAAUAAUUCAAACUUAAUUAA